AUGUCAAGUUUUCUACCGUCAAUCAAUAACGUUAGAAAGAGCUCUCUUAUUGCUGCGGAAAGAAUCUACUCAACGAAGAAUUACUUAGAAUCAACAGCAACCAAUGGACGUUUAGGGAAAAAGAGACGCGGAGAGAAGAAGAGCAAGAAACUGACAUCUUCCUCGACAGAAAAUCCUCACAAAAAAGCGGAAAGAACAAAAGAAUACUCUCGAGAACUGAAAACAAGAAACGAAAAGGCCAAAGUGGCGCGAGAAGAAAGCUUAGUUCGGCUAAAAAAUCAGAAAGAACUACGAGAGAAGGGGUUGCGUGAAAAGAAGAGAUUAAAUGAGCUGUUUUCGGUUUACGCAGCUCAACAUGGUCCUUCUUACAGAGACGGUGCGAAAGUCGUCAAACCAAAAUUCCCGGUUUUGUUAAAGAGUACCAAGAGUAGUGCUAUUUCUCGUGAAAAGAUCCCAUGUAGCCCUCUUCCAAAUUUAUCAUCUGUGAAUAGGUUAGAAUCUCAAGAAUGA